GCCGCCGCGCGCACCGGCUGGCCCCGCAGCCUCGCCCGCUGACCGCACCGGCCCGCGGUAGAGCGCUCACGAUGCUGCCGCCCGCGCCCUCCCUCCUCGGGCUGCUGCUGCUGCUGCUCCUGUGUCCCGCGCACGUCGGCGGACUGUGGUGGGCGGUGGGCAGCCCCUUGGUCAUGGAUCCUACCAGCAUCUGCAGGAAAGCGCGGCGGCUGGCAGGGCGGCAGGCUGAGUUGUGCCAGGCCGAGCCAGAGGUGGUGGCAGAGCUAGCCCGGGGCGCCCGGCUGGGGGUGCGGGAGUGCCAGUUCCAGUUCCGAUUCCGCCGCUGGAACUGCUCCAGCCACAGCAAGGCCUUCGGGCGCAUCCUGCAGCAGGACAUCCGGGAGACGGCCUUCGUGUUCGCUAUAACGGCCGCGGGCGCCAGCCACGCCGUCACGCAGGCCUGCUCCAUGGGCGAGCUGCUGCAGUGCGGCUGCCAGGCGCCCCGAGGGCGGGCCCCGCCGCGUCCCCCGGGCCUGCCCGGCACCCCUGGCCCCCCCGGCCCCGCCGGCUCCCCCGACGGCAGCGCCGCCUGGGAGUGGGGGGGCUGCGGCGACGACGUGGACUUCGGGGACGAGAAGUCGAGGCUCUUUAUGGACGCGCGGCACAAGCGGGGACGCGGAGACAUCCGUGCGUUGGUGCAACUGCACAACAACGAGGCCGGCCGGCUGGCCGUACGGAGCCACACGCGCACCGAGUGCAAGUGCCAUGGGCUGUCGGGCUCGUGCGCGCUGCGAACCUGCUGGCAGAAGCUGCCCCCGUUCCGGGAGGUGGGCGCGCGGCUGCUCGAGCGCUUCCACGGCGCCUCGCGUGUCAUGGGAACCAACGACGGCAAGGCUCUGCUGCCCGCGGUCCGCACUCUUAAGCCGCCGGGCCGCGCCGACCUGCUCUACGCCGCCGACUCGCCCGACUUCUGCGCUCCCAACCGGCGCACCGGCUCGCCGGGCACGCGCGGCCGCGCCUGCAACAGCAGUGCCCUGGACCUCAGCGGCUGUGACCUGCUGUGCUGCGGUCGCGGGCACCGCCAGGAGAGCGUGCAGCUCGAGGAGAACUGCCUGUGUCGCUUCCACUGGUGCUGCGUGGUGCAGUGCCACCGCUGCCGCGUGCGCAAGGAGCUCAGCCUCUGCCUCUGACGCGCCGUCCGGCUCUCCAAACCGCGCGCCCCUCGGCAUCUGCGGGACCUCUGGACUCCGGCGGGGGCGCUGCCCCGCUGCUCGCAGCGAAGGUCCAUCUCCCAGGCCUCCGCCAACUGUGAGGCGGCGGGGCUUGAGAUACACGCCCGCCCACGAAAGCGAGGGGCGCUGAAGGCCAUCCACCCCGGGGGAGCGCUCUGGAGGGCCCCCGAGGGAGGCUAUGUAGUCCCUCUCGCUCUUUGGCCCCCAUAUAGGGGAGCCAAACUCGAGGCCUCUGGACGCAGGACGCCUUAGAACUGCUGGCUAUGGGGUGGGUGGGUGAGUUUAGUAUCAAUAAAAAUAUUUAAACCAAUAGGACUGGGCCCACAGUUUGGGAGGGAGCUGGCCUCCUGGGGGCCACCAUGGGGCCAGGCUUCCGAAGGAGUGUGUAAAGGAAGAUGGUUUUGAUAGAACUAGCAUCUCAGGGGUUAUCACCUUAGGUCCCUAUCUCCCCUACUGAAUUAGGUUCUCCUGGCAACCGUGGAGAAGAGUGCCGAUUCUUCUGGUUCACCCUUGUCAAACAUCUCUGGCCUGGAUCUGCAAGCUGGGAAAAACCUAGCUGUCCUUCUUUAAAGGGACAGACUGAAAAGGUCUAGGAAAAGAAGACCAAAGCCUCUGGUAGUGCACUCAGCUCUCAGUCCAGCCCUCAUCUUCUCUGGGGAGGGUGACACCCUUAUCUGCCCUUCUGUUUCUGUGAUUCUUGGGGACUUUGAGGGUAGACUUCUAGGGCCACCCAAGCCCAUAGGAUUAAAGCACUUUGUAAACU